UACAGAUUCAGGUCCCUGAGCUCAACAGGCUCAGCCUUUUGACCAGCCUUGCAAACCAUUUGAAAAAGAUGCAAUUUUCGACCCAAGAAUCGAAGACUUCGAGACCUUUGAUUUGAUUUUUCGUCGCAUCGUCCACUGGCAUCGCCGCAUGCGCGGUGAGAUAUUCUGGCUCGUAUACCUAUCUUCAAGAUUCAACCCUCGCAGGGAUUACGUUUGCCUGCGUAUACAUAUGUCGGCGACCGCUCGUCAACGUCAUUGCUAAGGAAUUCUUGUUCAGACACCUCGGCGGCCUUGGGAAUUCAUUGCCAACUACUACCAAUUCUCUCGAAUCUUAACUCUUUUAGAACGGUGUUAGGGAAGCUGCAAAGAUAAAGAGCAGCAUGGUUGACUUGGAGGGUGUCUAAUUUCAAACGUCCAUCCCCAAGUAUCCCGAAUAGUUUGCAUUUCUUUGAUGGAAAAACAAGAAAAAAUUCAGCCUGAACUUAUUUGAUUCCGAGACACAAGAAGACGGAACGUAGCCAGGUUGGUUUGACCUUGGACAAGACCGCAGAAGUCGCGUUCAGGUCAUGUACGUGUUGGAGGUAUUUGAGCAUUCAAUCGAUUUCUUCUAGCUCUGACGGAAACGCGAUGACUUAUUUUAAUUAACAAACCCACAAGGCAUUCAAGGUCGCCACUAAUCAUCCCUUCGAAAGCAAGGAUUUCGCUCCCAGAAAUGCGUAUUUUUUCACAGAUACUGCUCGAAUGUGAUAAUUUGAAACAGAUCACCUCGUAUCCGCGAAUAACGAACUAUGGACAAGCAUACUGAUCAAUACCUCUGAAUGUCCAUAUGAUGCUACGGGCAUGUUUGCCGUACUACACACACACUGCACGUACACACAGUCAGAAGGCUGCGACUUCAGUCUUCAGUUUGUGGCUUCGUAAGCCGCAGCGCUAUUCGACUAUUCGGGCUCGGAGCCGAUAACACAGGUGCAGGUCUUCUGUAGAUAUAUUCGACAUUAUGGGCACUCGUAAGGCUCCAUCGUCACGUAUCCCGUGAUACACGGCAACGUAUUUGAUAGCGAUAUAGGAUCAACCGACUACGGACGAAAAUAUCUCGUCUCUCCAUCCGUUACGCAGUGUUCACGUGCCCAUCUACCUGUGCGUCAUAACGUUUACCGUGGGUUCACCGACAAGAUUCUUUUUCGAUCGCGUUGGAUCCGUACCGACGAGGCAACAAAAAAUGCAGUCGUUAAAAAUAUCACCUAUUACCGCACACCGUAAUUCGUCGUACUUGCGACAAACAAUUUUGGUGAUUUUUUUAUUAGGGGUUUGGUAAAUUGAUCAGAACGAUGCGUUCAAAAGAAAAAAGGACGAAAGAAAGAGGAUUUGUAGAUCAUUGCGUUAUGAGUCGAAUACCAGAAAACUUUGGGGCGGAGAUGGGUCGAAUGCUGUCGAAUGCUGUCGAAUGGUUGGAAAAGUUUUUGAACGACGACAACUCGCUGAUCGAUGUCGAAACAGCUGCAUUCCAGAAUUUGGCAUCUGCGAUACCUCCAGAAGGGAUGAAGAACACCAAACAAGCAUUGGAGGAUGCUAAUGCACUGCGACCACCAUUUACCUUUCCGGAAGAAGGUGCUCGGAGCCUCGCCACUGCCAAUCCGGUAGAAUUGAAGCUUCUGAAUCAGACGUUAGACGCUUCGGAAUCGUACGAUAUGGAACACCAAAUAGCAACCGAUGCUGUCGUAGAUCCUAUCACGGAUGAUCGCACUACUUCCGAAAUCAACGAAACACUUACCGAAACAGAACUCUCCACAAGUACAGAAGCAACCCCGGUUCUUUCGACUUCGAGUAUUUCCUCCAUUGACGCAGAGCCUGAAAGUGCAACAACGACCGAGAUCAAGACGAACGAGACGAUUCUUUCAACGUUCGAAUCUUCUUCGAUACCUUCAAGUACAAGAGCACCUACAUCUCCGUCAGUAACGACAACUACUGGGCCGAUGAGUCCAGUCCCAAUUUCAACUCCAACUCCAACUUCGAGGCUGACGCCAACGUCAACGGCAAUCGCAACAACAACAUCAAACGCGACAAAGGCAACGGCAAUAUCACAAUUGAUGAGUGCGGACGGUACCCCGUUGACCGAUCGUGUCGAGGGAAAAAUGCCGUCGGGUGUUAUCGCCAUAGUCACAACGAUCACUUUCGCCGUAGUCGCCGUUUUGGGAUACGUCAGCCUCAUUAUCUGGAGGCGAUAUCUCGAAUACCGCUAUGGAAACAGGGAACUGCUCGUUAACGACCUUGAAUUUGACACCAACGAUCUAAGACAUUUCGAACUCUAAGGAUCAAGCGAAGCAAAGUCCGAAUGAAACAUAAUGAAAUUUUCUGUGGGACCUGGAAUACUGGGAUGCUGUCACCGAGAUUUACCAACGGGAACUUCAGCUGACAAUAAAUCCAAAACCCGAGUCACACGAUUCUCGACGUACCAAAGUGUGGUAAGUGAAGUGCUGCAUCUGCAUCACCCAAUUUAUUUCAAUUUACACUUCGACCAAGUAUUCCAAAUGUAACGGGAGGUCCGCGGAAUCGAAGGACAGAAAUGGCAACUCUCAUACAGUGAUUAUCCCGCAAUCGCGAAGUUAUGCACGAGGACAGACUGGAAAUUCAUCAAAUUAAAAAAUGAAUAUAUUUUCAUGAUUCCGGAUGGAUAUAUGCUGCAGAUCUAUCCUAGGGGGUCUCUUUGAAUCCACCUAAUUGAUCAAUUUUCGAACGAAAGUUUCAAAAUUCUCCAAGCAUUGUUCGAAAAUGGAUGAUGUGAUUAGUACUGGCCCUCGUUACCAAUGGCAUACCCAUCCUGCAGUAAUGUAAGAAAAUGAGCGUGUGAAAUUUUUGUUCUUUUUCGUUCUCCAGUCUUUGAUGGGACAGUCACAUCAGCCCUAUGAAAACUGGUUGUCAAAAUGAAAGAAUUACUGUUGUCUGGAUUGUUGCACACUGUUAUUCGGUUUGUAGUUAUUUCAAUAGUAGACUGCAAAAAUGUCAUCUAUCUCACCAUGCCAAGAAAUUAUUUGUGUGGGUUGCUUUAAUGAUAACAAAGAAUGUCUUACGUUUUAAUACUUGGGCCCUGAGUGACAAUUGUGACGAAUCAAAUAAUGUUAAACAUACAAUAUCAAGGCCGGAUAAUAAAGCAAUAGAAUAUAUUUUUUUAA